AAUAUAAUCAUCAAGUCCUGGAGUACCUUAGGUUAGCAUGUGGAACACAGAAUAUCCUCUUUCCCGUGUCGUGUUUCCAACAUAGUUGUCGAGUUUUUGACACGGCCAAUCACUUCGACUUCAGCCACCACAAUGGCUUUGAAUGUCUUUGACGACCCUUUACAAGCCGCUGGCUUCGUUCUCAUCAUUAUAUUAACACCCUUAUGUAUAUUGGCCACUGUACUACGCUUCAUUGCCUCGUGGAUGACCUUGCGUAAAAUUGGUAAAGAGGAUUGGCUGGCUUUAGGGGCGUUGCUGUUUUACCUUGCUUGGGUAAUAUGUCUGAUUCUCAUCGUGCCAAACCUCAAUGGCACGGAAGAUAUCCUAACCCUCCCUAUUGAGAAGACAAUAGCGGUUCUAAAGGAUAUCUAUGUAGCAAGCCUCUUCUACCCGCCUAACCAGCUAUGCGCCAAGCUUAGCAUUCUUUUCCUGUAUCACCGCAUCUUCGCUGUCGAGAGGAAGUUCGCGAUAUGGAUCAAAGUUCUAGGGGUUCUCCAGAUUCUCAUAUCAUUUACCAGCUUCAUCUGCAACAUCUUCCAAUGCCGACCUAUACAUAAGGCCUGGGACCCCAGGGUGACCGAGGGCUGGUGCGUCAACAUCAGCGCCAUGUUAACAGCGACGGAGACGAUAAACUCGCUCAUCGAUUUUGCCAUGGCAAUCUUUGCAGUAUGGGCGCUGCGCGGACUUCAAACGACUCGGUCAACUAAGUGGAAGCUCGCAAUCGUUUUCGUCUUAGCAGGAAUGGCAGGGAUAAUCGGUUUUAUUAAAAUCGGAUUAGCUUAUGAGGCGACGAUCUACAAUCAAUUGAUGGAGGGUCUCUGGGCUACGGUCCAAAUGGCGUUCAGCGUGUUCUGCUGCUGCUCCAUAACGUACAUGCCUCUUCUAGCGCGCAUUGGCAACUUCGAGCGCAUCAAGUCUAGGCUCUACGGUUACGGCAGCAAAAUAAAACUACGGAAGCCAUCAUCGGCUAAGAGCGGGCAAAGUUCCCGCGAUGGCUGGAUUGACAUAGAAGGGGGAAACCAACAGAAGGUAGAUGGCUUCAAAGCGGGAUAUCCGGUGAAGACGGUUCACAUACAGCAGAGCUUCGAGCGGAUUUAGCCCGCGAUUGGGAAACUUGGAAUUGGAAUUGGAAUUGCUCCCUGAUGGGUGGAAAGGCCGGGUUUGGAGCAGGAUUCAACAUGAGCUUGUCUAGGUAG